AUAUCCUUGCCGGACUGUAUAUACUAUACAGUUAUUGUUAAUAGUUAUGUACUUUUGAACUCAUCGUACUAUAUCUAAAUUCCAGGAGUUUAUAUAUGUGUUGAUCUAUUCUGUGGUGAUUCUGUGACUGAUACUAACGCGAGCGGGUAGUCAAUCGAUAUCUCGAAGUUGAAAUUGAAUCAUUGCGACUGCGCGAGUUGAGUAAAAUUAUAAGAAAGUGGAAAACACAAAACAUUAGUAAAAAUAAAAGUCAACAACAGGAUAAAUCUAAAUAGAAUCUUGAAGUCAUAUAAAAUAUUGUUACCUGAUUAAUCAUAUUAGAUUGUUACCCGGUAUCUACAUAAAAAUGCCUACUACCGGAAUGGAUUUCAUUAACUAUGCUAGACAAGAAUCAGCAAGAGGCAAUUAUAAACAAGCUCUUGAAUUUUAUUAUAAGGGUUUCGAAAACAAUCCUCAAUUGAAACAGUCUGUGGAAAGUGAAUUUUGCUCUAUUAUUACGGAGUAUAAUGAAUUGCUGGCAAGUGAUAAUAGAAUUGAAGAUAUUCUCGCCAGUUUUAGUAGAGCUAUCCAUUAUUUUCCGGAUAACAUUUUUUUAAUAAAUGAUAUUGGAAGAUACCUUUUCAGGUUUGGUUUGUAUGAAGAAGCCUGGGUCCAAUUUCAAAAGGUGCUUACUGCGGACUCUGGAUAUGUGUAUGCAGAAAAAAAUGUUAAUUCAGUAAAAAAUAUUUUGAUUGAAAGGUGGCAUUUUCGCAUGUUGAAUGAUAAAAUCCGCAAUGCAAGCUAUCGCGCUGCUAUUAAUCAAAAAGUGGUGCCUUAUAAGACGACUGUCUUUGACCUUGGUACGGGAACUGGGUUACUAGCCAUGUAUGCAACAGAAGGUAAGCCAUGGGCAAUAACAGCUUGCGACAGUUCCAAGGUUAUGACCACUCUCGCUGUGAAUAUAUUGGAAGAAAACAGGGUACGCAUGGUAAGGGUUUUAAAUAAAAUGUCUACAUUAAUGGAUUCUACAGAAGUUGGACAUAAAUGUUCUCUUUUGAUCACAGAAUUGUUUGAUGCAGGAUUGUUUGGAGAGCAUAUCUUGCAGUCUUUGUCUCAUGCAUGGGAAAAUUUAUUAUUGAAUGAUGCAGAUAUUGUGCCCCAAAAAGCUGAAUUUUUCAUAAUGGGUAUUGAUUCUGAGUUUCUCAAUUCCAAGUACCAAUUGUGCCAAAACAUUAAAUCUAUUUUGAACAUAAGUCACCUCCAUGUUCACAUUAUAGCCAAUGGUGAAACCUAUGAUUGUGAAGAUGUUCAAAUUUACAAUGAUAUCAUAUAUAUGACUGAGCCACAAUCAGUCAUAAAAGUUAAUUUUACUGAUAAAAAUGAAAUUAAUGAGAUACUCAACAGUUCUAAACCCUAUGUGGUAGAAAACAAAGUGCUGAAAAAUGGACAAAUUAAUUGCUUCAUUGGUUGGUUCAAUUUGUAUUUAACGGAGAACAUAAGUAUCACAACAGAUCCAAGAGACAAAAACAGAGCUAAGGCAUGGCAACAAGCUGUUUUCUUUGACAGUGUCCCCAGGAAUGUCCAAUUGAAUGAUACAUUCGCUGUUAACUUUUACCUUCAAUCUGAAAAAUUGACUCUGAAGGAAAGAGAUCAGCAUUUUGAAAUUACAAGAAUCUCUCCAGAAACGGUACGGUUCUUAAAUGACGCUGAAUAUUUGAAGAUGGUAAAAAAUUGUGUUGUAACGACUUGCAUAUACUUAGAACAAAUGACAGAUUUAUCAGAAGUUGAAAUAAUAGAUUUAAACCCAUUUCCCUUCUAUGGAUUUCAUAUGCUUCAAAGAGGUAUUAAAUCCUUGGUCUGCUCUGCUAAAACUCACUAUGAUAAAGUAUUCAUAGAAACAGUUUUUGGAGAAAAUAAAAUGGACAUGCAAAAUGUAACCAUCUUAGUUGGAGAUACAUGGUCACUAGGGACCUUAGCUGAUAGGAAAUUUCAUAUUAUUUUCGUUAACUCGCUGGACUUGUGUGGAGAUGUUGAUUUUCAAUUUAAAGAGAUUGGUCAGUAUUUGAGGAAGACUCAUCUAAUUCAGGGAGGGUUGUUCAUGCCAUCAUCUGUUACAUUAAUUGGGCAGAUUGUCAGUAGUGACUGGUUGGAUGUCAUAAACAGAGUUUAUGAUCAUAAUUUGGGCUAUAAAGCAUCUGAACACAUCAACAAAUAUCAAGUUUCGCAAAAUUUCAAUAUUGAUUUUACACAUUUGGAAUAUACCCCAUUGACAGAUCCAGUUGAAAUUGGUGAUUGUAAUCAACUUACAUCUGAUGUUCUUAAUCUACCAGUUAUUAAUGAUGGUGAUGCGAAUGCAAUACUGUGUUGGUAUAAAAUUGAACUGAUGGAAGGCUUAAUUGAGAUUUCAACACAAAGGCCAUUUAGUUUUAUUGAUGGCACUGCAUUUUUAGCUAACCCAAUAAUACCAAUGGCUCAAGGUGAUAUUGCAAAUAUACUUUGUUGUGUAGACAAAGAUGGCUUAUUUAAAUUAAUAAUUGACAUUGAAAAUACUUAAACAUAUUUAACGGAAGCGUAAAAUGGAUUCUAAAUGAUAGAAUUGUUUUCAGAAACAUAUUCGAAGGAAAAAUAAAAUUUUACACAUCUUGGUGAAAGAUCUAGAAUUUUUUGUGAAUAUUGUUAGUUUAUAUACUAUACUUUAUAUAAUUUCGAUGCGAUUAAUUUAGAAAGUAUAAUUCUUGAAACAAGCAUUUACAUUAUAAUUAUACAGUAACAAAGUACUGGUGGAAUUUAAUUUUUAUAUUAUUAUUGAAUACUAUUAAAGCAGCAUUGAAUAAUCUUAUUAUAUAUGGAUGAAACAAGGCAGGGAGAAAUGAAAAAAUCUCAAAUAAAUAUCUCAACAAAGAAAUCUCGAUAAUUUAACAUUCACUAUUAGCACUUUUUCUCAUCUAUUACUUACUAUCUACUUGCUAUUUAUUAUUGUAGAGACAUAUACAUUGUUAAUCCCUAGGAUUAUGACUGAUUGGAUUUUGUGGCUGUGAUGAGAAUGUGGCAUAUACUAUAGUAUUUAUUGUAUUGAACAAAUGAUGUGAUAAGCUUUGUCUAUAAUCAGAAUAUACAGUUGGUCAUUAAUGUGUCUGUUAUGCAUUUACAAUCAACUGCUCUUGCAUGUAACUUGCAAUGUGAAAUUGAUAAAUAAAAAUAAGUAUGUCUAGUUUUUGAUGUUAGAUUUUAGAAAGUUAUAAAUUUAUACUACAUAUUAUAUAAACUAAUGUUUAAUCUCAGUAGCAAAUAUUUUAAUACGCAUUUGUAUGUUAGCCAUUUCAUUGAAA